GAAGAUCUUAUCCAAUCACGUCGAAGUUUUACUUGCCCUCAUGGAAAUUGGAGGAAAACAUUAGAAAUCUUGACCGUUGAAAGGAUGUCAUCCAAUUGCAGUGUGACCACAUUACAGCUGGACUCAGUGAGCCAGGCAGAAUGCCCCUCUGUUCACCUGCUGCCCUGUGAGAUAGAGCAUGACGGGCCUGCAGAGGUGUCCCAGUUCUUCACAGCCACCAUCAAAGACCGAAAACAUGAGAAAACGGUGUCGUUCAGGGGUCGUGGGUUAAAAGGUCAGGAGGUCAGCUGUCCACAGGGCUACACAGGCCUGGUGCUGAGAGAGGUCAACAAAUCAGGCUCUGACCAGGAGGACAGGACUGUGAAGGUGUCCUCAGUGUUCCAUAAAGUCACCUACUGGAACCUCGAGACUUCGCCCAACUCUGAUGACGGCAUCGUCAUGGCAAUGGCCUGGCCAGAUCUGGCAGAAGCGAUACAUGGGCCGGUGGAUGACUGACAUGGAAGAGGCCAGAGCAAAGAAGAUCAAUCCCUUCUCUACCCUCCUUUUCAUGCUGAAGACUGCCUCUAAACACAUUUUGGUUGUGUUUUCAGUAGCCAUUGCUUAGUUUGUAAAAAUAGGAAUAAUGGACAGAACACUCCUCACAGUCCCUAGUGUUGUAGUGGACACUGUCUAUCUUUUACAGAUCCAUAGGGGUGAAUUGUGCUUGCUGCUUCUUGUGACUAAUGUUACUAUUGUACCAUGUUCUUUUUGUUGUAUUUUUCUAUCAUCAAUUAUACUCAUAUUAUAGACCAUUGUGAUACA